AUGAGCUCCAACACCUCGGUUUGGUCUGCUGUGCGCGCAGAAUGGCGUGCCAUCGGUAUCUGUCUCUUUAUCACCAUCGGGGCCAUUCAGUUUGGCUUUGACUCCUCCUACUAUUCAGGAAUCCUCGCGAUGGAGCCAUUCAUCGAAGCAUAUGGACACUACGACUCUUCAAUAGGGACUUAUAUUAUGUCUUCAAGCAUCCAAUCCUUGACCACUAGCAUCAUUAAUGUUGGCGAACUUAUCGGGGCUGUCUCAUCCUACAUAGUAGGUGACCAUCUUGGCCGUCGCGGAGGGCUGUUUGUCUCCAGCUUCAUGGUUGUGCUGGGAGUUAUUUUCCAGACAGCAAGUCACUACCUCGGGAUGCUCAUCGUCGGCCGAUUACUUCUGGGAUACGCUGUCGGCUUAAUCUCUUGCUUGGUUCCCCUGUAUGUGGCGGACUGUGCACCUGCUCGGUUUCGUGGAGCACUAGUGUCUAUGUACCAAUUUAAUGUUGGCAUUGGGCUCUUAUUGGGUGUCAUCGUAGAUAAUGCUACCAAGGACCGCAAUGACAGCGGCUCAUACCGAAUUCCCAUGGCAGUGCAGCUGAUUUUCCCAAUCGUGCUCGUUCCCGGUUUGGUCUUCUUAACGCCAGAGUCGCCCCGGUGGCUGUUGACAAAAGGACGAGUUGAAGAGGCCCGGGUUUCUUUACAACGGUUGCAUGGAAACAGACCGGAACUAAUUGAGGAGGACAUUGAGUAUAUUGUUAGGACUAUUGAGGAAGAGCAGCGCCAUGAUAGUUCCUGGCGUGAACUUCUGACAUGGGGACCCGAAGGCCGCAAGGCUUACAUCGGCAUGGCCCUUCAAGCAUGGCAACAAGCAUCCGGUAUCAAUUUUAUCACAGGCUACGGUAUUGUGUUUUUUAGCACAAUUGGAAUCACAAACUCCUUCCUGAUCCAAAUUGGCCUAUACCUUGUUGGUUUCCCAGCACUAUGGGCAAAUCAGUAUACAAUCGAGCGAUUCGGCCGCCGGCCUAUGCUUCUUCUAACUGUCUGUGUCCUGGUAGCAGUUCUUCUCAUUGUUGGCGGAUGCGGUAUGGCACCAACUAAAUCGCUUGCCCUGGACCGCACAAUCGUCGCCAUGGUGUUUGUUUUCAUAAUUGUUUUCAAUCUUUCACUCGGCCCAGCAGUCUGGGUAGUUACGUCGGAGAUUUCUACCGGCCAUAACCGCAAUAAACUUAUGGCUUCCUCCACCGCUGCAAAUUGGUUCUGCAGCUGGCUUGUUACUUUCACAUUCCCGUACUUAUUCAAUAGUGACGGGGCAAAUCUUGGUGCUCGAGUUGGUUUCAUUUAUGCUGGCUUGAUGGCUGCUGCGGCGGUGUGGAUCUUUGUCUUCCUGCCUGAGACAUCUGGGCGCUCUCUGGAGGAGAUUCAAGCACUUUUUGCUGGCCAUGUGCCCGCACGUAAAUUCAAAUCAUAUGUUAUCCCUGGAGCAGUUCAAUCAGCCGACAUGGAGGACGAGAAGACAAGUCAGGUUGUUCAAGUAGAGCAACCAUGA